AUGCCGGGCAAGACCGCGUCGCCACCGCGCAUCACAAAAUUCACUAACUGUCGAAUCAUCAAGGGCAAUGAUCUUAUCGAGCAAGAUGUCUGGAUCGAUUCCCUUUCCGGCAAGAUUCUUCGAGCACAGGAGGCGUUUUAUGGACUGCAUCUCUCCCCCGACGAGGUCAUCGAUUUGAACGGCCGUAUUCUUGCUCCUGGCCUGAUCGAUGUGCAACUAAACGGCGCCCAAGGCUUCGAUUUUUCCGUUCCUCGAUCUUCCAAGGAAGAAUACGAUGAAGGGUUGCGCAUGGUCAACAAGGGCCUCGCCCGCACAGGCGUUACCUCAUAUCUCCCGACCGUUGUUAGCUCCACCCCGGAGGUGUACUGGAAGGUACUCCCUUCACUGGGUCCCUCAGGAGGCGAGCAUCGUGGAGAGGAUGGGGCAGAAUCACUAGGUGCUCAUGUGGAAGGCCCAUUUAUUAGCCCAGGCCGGAACGGAAUCCAUAAAACCGAAGUCCUACGGGCCGCGAAGACUUUCGAAGACCUACUGGAGUGUUACGGUAAGGAAAACCUGACCGGGGACUCUCAAACAGUGAAGAUGGUCACCGCCGCUCCUGAGGUCGGCAACAUGGUCGGCAACAUUUCCUCGUUGACCUCCAAGGGCAUCAUAUACUCCAUCGGUCAUUCGGAUGCCACGUACGAGCAGGCCUUGACGGCCACUAGGCAAGGUGCGACUAUGAUCACCCACCUUUUCAAUGCCAUGCGACCUUUCUACCAUCGGAACCCGGGCGUUUUUGGCCUUUUGGGUCAAAGCGAGCGCCGUCGACCCUAUUAUGGCGUGAUUGCAGACGGCAUCCAUCUCCACCCUACCUCCAUCCGGAUUGCAUAUAACGCCCACCCAGAUGGACUCAUCCUCGUAACCGAUGCUAUGAAACUAUGCGGCCUUCCAGAUGGUGUCUACGAGUGGACCAAUGGCGAGCGGAUCGUAAAGACUGGUGCCCGUCUAACUCUUGAAGGGUCCGACAAGAUUGCAGGCAGCUCCGCUACACUCAUCGAGUGCGUCAAUAAUUUCCGCCGAUGGUCGGGGGCAUCGACCGCAGAGGCUCUCAGUUCGGUGACGGCUACCCCGGCACGCCUUCUGGGGUUGGAAGGGGUUAAAGGAUCCCUGGAUAGCGGUGCGGAUGCAGACCUGGUAGUCCUCAGUGACGUGGAGGAUCCCUACUCGGGGCCCACUUUAGUCGUUGACCAGGUAUGGAAGAGGGGAGUUAAGAUCUACGAUACAGAAAAAGAGGCUGGGAACUGUUAG